AUGCCGCGGGUGUGGAAGCCCGCGGCGGACGAUCAGCACAUCUUCGACGCCCUGCCAAUGCCGGAGGGGGACGUCUUCCUCAGCGACGACGAGCUCCUCAUGGAGAUGGACGGCGUGGCGACGCGCGCCGCGCUCAACGCGGCGCUCGGUCCCACCGCGAGGACAAGGGUGACCUUUGAUGCCGAGGGUCGGUACUGGCGGAAGUCGUACGAAAUUGAUAAGGAGCCGCGGUGCAUCUACUUCUUGCCAGCCGUGCAGAACCGCGCGCGCGCGCUCGAGGAGUACCCCGAUGGCGUCGAGCCGCCGUUCCCGCGACCAGAGGAGAAGUUCCAGUGCAAGAGGAAGCAGCCGCCCCGAGCGCCGCGCAAGCCGUCGAAGACGACGGCGCGGUCCGGCGAGAAGCGCCCGACGUCCGCGCGGCCUAGGAUGUACACGACGCCCGGCGAGAAGGUCACGCGCGUGGAUCCGGUUGAUGAUGCUGAGCUGCUCGUGCCGGACGAAGACGUGGUCGACCUCGACGAAGUCGCGCCAGUACCACGGCCCGUGACACGACGAGAUUUAAUGGCCCUAGAGCAGCGCGCCGAAGACGCGCUCGCGGCGUGCGACCGCGCGGAAGCCGCGCGCGCGCGGCGGCCGUCGCGGCCCACGCGGAGCUACGCGACAGACAGGACGCAGUCUUCGCGAGGAGCGCCACCGACUCGGCAAGACUUAUGCUUCUCUCUCUGGACCGCGAGGCGAACGCGCUCUCCGCGGAGAGAGCGGCACGACGGCGCGACGUUGAUCGCCUUAGAGCCAAAUUUUCACAAGAGAAAGAACUAUGGAAAAUAGACUGUGAGCGACGCGCGGCGGCGCGGCUAGACGAGGAGCGGCGGCGAUUGGAGGAGGGGUUCCGGACAAACACGCGCGAGUUGCAGCGGCAACUCGACGCGCAGAGAACUGAAGUCGCCGAUUUGAAAAAGAAACAAAGCCAGCUCAACCUCGAGCUUUAUGGCCUUCGACGGCUUCGAGGCGCCUGGCUGGGUUCUCGUGUUGCGUAUUUACCGGAGGAGCCGCCGCCGGAUUCGGACUUCGAAGGCGAGUCGUUGUGGCCCGUGGUCCACGCCGUCGGCGACUUUCUCAGUAGAAUUUGUGGUGGUACGCUCAAAAGAAAGCAACAGAAGUGUCUGCGUCUCCUAGCCGACUACGCGUGGUGUCAACACUCUCGCGGGCGGGGGGAGAUUGGCCUCGUGCGAGCUCACUUUGCGUGCGCGGAGUACCGGCGCCUCCAGGAGAUUUUCUCUCCAGCCGAACUACUGAAGACCAUGGACGUGGAGAUGACGGGGAACUACGCUGCGAGCGAGGCCAUGCGGGCCAGAGAGCGGGCGGCUCUCGUUGCGCUCGGGGAGACGUUGGGCAAGCACGUGAUGCUGUUAUUCCCCACGAAGUUCGCGCUCCAGGAAACAGCCAAGCUGGUCGAGAGGUUGCUGCUGAUGGCCACAAGGUUUCGGUUACGAAACGUCCGCGGGCGACGGCACUUACGAGGCGGUCGGCAUUGCGACGGGCGCGGUCCUCGACGUCAUCGGAAAGCAGUAGCGCGGCCCUUGAGACUGGACGCAGUCCGCGGAUCCGCGGAGGAUCAGAGGCACGCAAGACGGCAGCAACAUCACGAAAAGCGACGACUUUACGAUGCAAGGGAUCCACGUCAACGACAGCCGCGCGGUCGACCGAUCACUGGCAAGCCUAUCACCGACUUCCAGUCGCCUGAUCGGGUUCAUAUUACUACGUUAGCCGUUGGCCACGAGAGCCGCCCCUGUACGAAGCUUUAGACGACGUGACGGAUCACUUCAGUACAGCGGCGACGGCGCAAACCGAUGGUGUCUACCAGUCAGAGGCAGAGGGCCGCGCCGUUCACGUUGAUUACGUCUGCUCGGGCGACAUGGCCAACCUCCAGACGGUGUCGAAGAAGGGCUUCGCGACUGGGACGUCGGAGAACGCGCGGCCGUGUUAUUGUUGCGCGCAGACCAACAGGCAGAUGACGACGCCCAAGGUAGUUGACGACCUUUGCGACGUCUGCAGAGCAGCGGGUCGGUUAGUGUGCUACCACGCGGAGAUGUCGACGCCGGCUGCCGUAGACGAGUGGCGCGCUACGGCUGCCGCUGCGCUCACGGAGCUCAGAGGGAGCUGCCCCCAGCCUACCGCUACAUGCGCGAGGCCAAGACUUUAAGUGCGGCGCAGCUGCGCGAGCUCGCCGCGGAGGCUGGGCUCGAUGCGGGCGGCACCUCGGCCCACUUGCACGCGCGCUUCGCUGCUUAUUGCGGUCAGCAUUGCUUGGAAUUGGAAAACCCCAACCAAAACGGGUUUUACGCAAAGUUCGACUGUCGAACUGCGACCCCAGCACAAAAAACGCAAUUUUCGCUGGUCGUGAACGAUUGUCUUGUUGAUUUCGGCCUGGCGGUGACGGGCAACCUCGGUUCGCGCGUCGAGAAGACGCGCCUGAAAUUGGUUGACCAAUAUUACGAACUUCAAGCGCAAUUAGAACACGCCACGCCAAAUUCUGAUGCGCUCAUCUCCCUGGUCGAGCAUAUGGUCCCGUGCGUCUUGCAUUUAGAAAACCGGACGCGCGAGCGCUCGUUGCGGCUCAUCCUCAACAAUUUAUUUGAUCUACGAGAAGAGCGUGGCCCUGGCGAAGCUGCGGCCGCUGGAGGGCGAUUAGAACGAAAGGCUUCGGCUGCCCGAACGGCCGCGAGGGCAAGUGGACGGCGCCGCUCUCCAAGGACGAAGAUUCCGUCGAGGCCAUCCGUUGAAUUGCGGCCGCGCCCGGAAGAUCUUUGCUAACGUCGGCACGGCUCAUCGGCGCGUGCUUCCCGGACGACGCCAAGCGGCGGGUCGUCCUCGACCUCGUCCGCGGCUACGAGGAAUUGAUGGUGCUAUAUCGAAAACGAGAAGAUCUCACGGACGUCGAGAUUGCCAAAGCCGACGACCUCGCCCAGGAGACCUACCAUCGGCUACUGACGACUUUCACGGCGAAGGCCUCACGAACACUUCCACAUCGGCUCGGGCCACAUUACUGCUUAUUUGCGAAAGUACCGGAACUUGUACCGCUACUCGAACCAGGGCUUCGAGAGCGUGAACCACUUGAUCAAGCGCUUCUUCCUCACGCGGACGCAGCGCGGCGGCCACUGCGGCCACGAGGCGACGCGGGCGACGCGCGUCGCCGCGCUGGGCAAGUGGAUGCAGCGGCGGAUGAUGUGGCUCACAGGCCUGGUCAAGCCCGGCGAGCUCAAGGUCAUCGGCUGGAAGCAGAAGCGCGUGAUAGACUGGUAA